GAGUCAUACUUUUGCUUACAAAUUUCAAUUAAUUUUGAUUACAGCAAUCUCUGCGGUUUUGCUGAGUUUUACAUAGCAGAAUAAGUCUUAAGCAUAAACAUAUAUGCCAGUAUAUAUUUACUCUUGAGAGCGAUAAUAACGGUAUACGGAACAAAAGUGCUGCGGUACUAAUUAACAAAAAUGUGUCAAAUUAUUUUCGCGAUUAAUAACUGAUUUUUUUUUUUUUAAUAUAAUAAACAAAGUAAAUUAUAAUAACUUGCAAAAACAAAUGAAAUUAUAAAAAUAGUGCGUGUGUGGGUACAAAAAUAACUGUAUUUUUACAUAAAUUAUAUGAAAAACAAAAAAUUUGCGAAUUAAUGUGUUUUUGUGAUGUAUGUGCAUAUAUUUAAGAUUAGAAACAAAUUUCAAGAUUUGAUUGAAAUCCGUUCUACUUUCACAUAUGGUAUAUAAUUUAGCAUAUGUAUAGAAAAAGGAAACUCAUCGUUUUUGCAUUGAUUGCAUUGAAAGCUUUCAAAAUUAUCGGUUCGUAACAUGAAAACGACUAUUCUAUUAAUCAUUUAUACUGUAAUGAAAUUACGACUUCCUAAAUGUGAAGUGGAUGUUGUUUAAUUGAGUUUCUCUCACACAUGAAUCAUAUGUAGUAUGUGAAUUUUAUGAACAAAACUUGGUUUGCACUAACCACAAAAUAAUGAUGAUCAAAUUACACGUUCACACAUUCUUUCACUUAUACAUUGUGAUCUUUUUAAUGAAUACACACUUUGUUUUAUCAAAUAUACCGAAUUGUCCAUUUGGAGAUACCGUCGAAUUAACCGAUGCGCAUAGACUUGACAACGGUUCUUACCGCUAUGAAGGUGUGUUGGUGCCACCGCUUUUGACCGGCUAUUACGAGUACAUUGAACUGUAUAACGGAGAGCAACACGAAGUGCCGAGACAUCUACGCGGUUGUGUGUGUCAAGUUAAAAAUUGUUUCAAACUCUGUUGCGCGCUGGGGAAGGCGUUGUAUCGUGUUAACCCUGAGACAGUUGUAUGUAGGGAAUUGAGUGAGGAGUGGAAAUAUUCACCAUAUGUAAAUAUUACAUUAUCGAAUGGUAGUAAAAUUUUGAAGAAUGCGCUGGAAGAGUUUGUGGUACAAGUGGGACAGCCGUGUGAAAUUGGGUUUAUUCUCCAGCCGCAUAAGUAUUUAGAUGAUCAAUUCAAUUUGUAUGAGAAUGGUACACUUUGGCGUGUGUACGGUAAUGCGAAGUUAACCCGAAGGGAUUAUUGCAUGACUGCUAUUCCAAUAAAUGAACAAUUUCAGUUACAACCAUUUAAUUGUCCCAUUAUCGAUUCCAUAUCAUCAACCGUUAAAGCAAAUACAAUAGUGAUGUUGAUUUCGUUGCCAUUUCUAUUUCUAACCAUACUGACCUAUUGGGCCAUACCGGAGCUAUAUAAUAUUUUGCAUAACAAAUGCUUAAUUUGCUACCUCUUCUCGCUCGCGAUUGCGAAUACGAUGAUAAUUUCGGUUAACAUGAGAGCAGAUGGUUACAAAACCGUUACAUGUACCAUAAUUGGAUCGGUCGCAUAUUUCUUCUAUCUUGGCGCAUUCUUCUGGCUCAAUGUUAUUUGUUAUGAUAUAUGGGUAGCGUUCUGUCGAGACUUGAAUAUUUUGCCACAAAAUUCAAAGCGUAAAAAUUUUAUCAAGUACUCACUCUAUGCUUGGGGACUGCCAACUUGUAUGACAGUUGUGACCAUAGCAUUACAGUUCUCUAAUAUACCAAGUCAAUUCAAAUCCGGCAUCGGUGAUUCACAUUGCUGGCUCCAGAUCGAUGGUUGGUCAGCUAUGAUGUAUUUCCACGGUCCCUGUUUACUGCUCAUCACCAUCAAUACAGUUAUGUUUUGUUUAAGUGUUUGCAAGAUCUAUAGCGAUCGUAAACAAUUUGGAGACAUCUCACGAAGCGCGGACAGCGCAAGACAUUUAAAAUCACAGGAGCAUAGUGUUUGGCUAUUCUUCCGUCUCUUCGUUGUAAUGGGAGUCAGUUGGAUAUUGGAAAUGAUCGGUUAUUUACUGGGACGGGAGCAAAAUGAUUCAUUAUUUUUCAAAGUGGCAGAUGGUUUCAAUGCAUCACAAGGCUUAAUUAUAUUCUGUCUGUUUGUUAUGAGGACGAAACAGUUACUGUUAAUUAAAGCGAGAUUAAAAACUUUGAAGUGUAAAAUCUGCACCUGCCUAAGGGAGAUGCUCAGCCAGUCACAUCUCCGUAAUGAUGUGUCUACAAAUACUCACCAAAACUAGACUUUUAGUUAAUAACAAAAUUACAUUAACACCAAUUUUGGAAACAGGCUUUGAAUUAUUAUAUUGAAGAUAAUUAGAAGUUUAAAUAUGGUAUGGCUGAUAUCUACACCAUAGUUUCAGUUUCAACCCGUGAAGAAUUUCUUAAACAAAUCGAAUCGCAAUAGAAGGAUUUAAGUAUUCAGAUAGAGGUACCACCAGCUAGAUAUAGACAGAUAACCAGCAGUUACGUCAAAUUAUCACUUAAAUUAAAGAUUCAUUGAUUCAUUCAUAUGGUGCUGCUUCUUUCUUAGAUUUUAAUAAUGUUUUCAUUAUUUUUGUAAAAAUAUAUAAAUUUAUUAUUUUGUAAAAUAUAUAAAACUAGCUGUCCGAGCGGAGAAUUUUCUUCCGCCUUAGAGGUAGUAAAUUAGGAGAUUUUUUAUUUUAUUGAGUUCAUUUUUGUAUUAGAAUAAUAUAAAAAAUAAAGUAUUUUAAUUAUUCUU